AGCAGGAAAUAGGUACUGCUGCACCUGACGCCGAGUCAAACCGUCUAGUAAAAAAAUAGCAGGUUGAUUUAAUUCUUGCAGCCAGCGGUCACUAUGUCAGAGAAAGAUGAAGAGACAUUCAAGUCUGUGGACUUGGAGCAGCAAACUGAAAAGUCUCCGGAACCAGAAAUCAAUCCUCAAGAAUCUCCUAGUGAAACAGAAACAGAAACAGAUAAACCCAGCACACCAACUGCUGAGGCCAAAGUGGAAACCACGCCCUCUACAAAUACAGCAGUCAAAGCUAAAUGGACAUCAUCUGUGGAACAGUUUAAAUUGAAGAGAUUUUUUGUCCUCAGGCCUGGAACAUUGAGCCAUGGUAUUGAGGAUGUUAAAUCUCUGGUAAUUCCCACAGAAGAUGGUGCAGUCCAGAGUGUCUGGCUCAUGGCUGAGAUUGAUCAUUGGAACAAUGAGAAAGAGCGUUUGGUGCUCAUCACAGAGAACACCCUCCUCAUCUGCAAAUAUGACUUUGUCAUGCUUAACUGUGAGCAGAUUCAGAAGAUUUCACUCAACUUCAUCGACCGCAUCUUCCAUGGUACCUUCUGCUUUCCACCACGUACCCUUCUGAAGAGAGAAGGUGAGGGUGUGCGGGUGUUUUGGGACAAACUCAAUGAACCGUCUUUCACUUCCCGUUGGAAUCCGUUUUCUGUUGACUAUCCUUUCACUACAUUCACAUAUCACCCUGUCAAGAGUGCCAAUGAGGAGCUGGGCCGCCUGUGUGAUAUUGAAAACUUCAGGGAGCAGCUGACUUUGGCAGCGCAGAAAGCCCACAGCAAGAAUCCUGUACCUGGGAAAGCCAACGGGGUUCUUGUGCUGAAUCAACCUAUCCUAAUCGAAACAUACGUGGGUCUGAUGUCUGUCAUAGGCAACCAAAACAAGCUGGGCUAUUGCUUAGCACGAGGCAAUAUUGGUUUCUGAGGGCACUUUGUGAGUCUUCCAAUGAUGGUUUACACUAAGUAAUUAUCUUAUACCAGCUUAGCAUGUGUAGUUUAUACUUGUAUAAGAUAACUUAGGAUAUUUUAAAUCAAGGAACAUGUAUCAUUUGUAUUCCUAAAAUACAUUCAAUAUCCAUCAAACCUAUUUUAUCAUGUUAUACUGCCCCAAAAUCUUUUUAAAUAACAAUGUCAGUUGGGUCAUUUCCUUUGGGUUGUCAUAACAUAGAAAAUAUGUUGUCUCUCCUCCUACGACUUCCUGUGUAGAAAUAUCUUGUUUUUAGCUUUCUGUUGUUUGUCCGCAGGAACUUAUUCAUCGCUGUGUAAUUUGUAAAGUGCCUUUCCUUUCUUUCUGUAUUUAUGCUGAUAUUCUACCUCAUCACAAGGCUUCUUACAGGGCAAUUGAUGCAUGAAGGUACACAAGUCAUAUUUGUUUGAUGGUUUAGGGUUUAUUAUUACAGUAGAACACAGAGCUGGAUUUUCCCUCAUUUUGUAAUGACUACAUUUACUUAGUCGUCUUGAUUUGUUUCUACAGCAGAAUGUCAAACAUAUUGUGAAAUCUUUUUUUAAAAUAAAUGCUA